AUGCAAGUAAGGCGCCUAUUACAAAAUAUAACAUCAUCGAUUGACACUUUUACUUCUCUGGCAACUACCUAUGGCUCAAAACUGUAUUCUGAGAAAAGCUUGUCUCAAAAUGGCUGCAAUACACGUGAAACUGGAAAUGAGUGGGAAAAUGCACCUAAAUCAUGUCAAGAUGUAACAAAAAGCGGUUUCCACACCAUAUAUCCCGACUUUAAACCAUCCGGACUGGAAGUGUAUUGUGAGAUCGAUCAAGGCAAGGCAUGGGUUGUUAUUCAGCGUCGCAGAUACGGAACGGUUGACUUUGAUCGCUUCUGGGAGGAAUAUAAGAAUGGAUUUGGAAAUCUGACUGGAGAUUUCUGGCUGGGAAACGAGUAUAUCUACCACAUGACAAAGUAUCAGUCGCGUAAGCUGCGAAUAGACAUGGAGACAUUCGAUGGCAAAAAGAGGUAUGCAAUGUAUAACGAGUUCGGUGUUUCGUCAGAGGAAGGAAUGUACAGAUUGAAAGCUGAUGUGUACUCUGGUGAUGCUGGCGAUGCGUUUAAUAAUGCUGCGACGAAACACAAUGGGCAGAUGUUUUCCACGUAUGACGCGGACAAUGACAUCCACAGCAAAAUGAAGAUACAUUAA